AUGGCCACUGAGUCUGCAGAACCCGCCAUCACUGUGCCCGAAGGGUAUACCUUGCACUCGGAGAACACCUCCCAUAUCCUUCUGCCCCCGGGAAAUCAAGCAUUCCUGAAUCCAGUGCAGGAAUUCAACCGCGAUCUAAGUGUCGCUUGCAUCCGUACAUGGAGCGAAGUUCUCAACGAGGAGAAGGAAAAGAAAUGGAGACAAAAUCAGGAGCGGCGAGCGAAAAAGGCGCAGAGCGGUGGAGGGCCGAAGACCAAGCGGGCAAAAAGUGAAUAUCAGCCUUACAAAAGCGUUAUUCUGGAAGCCCUUUCGGCGACAGGGCUGCGGUCGAUACGUUAUGCUAAGGAGAUACCGCUGGUAAAAUAUGUCAUUGCAAACGACCUAUCCUUUUCAGCAGUAGAGGCCAUGCGGCAUAACAUUGAAAUCAACGGCCUUGGGGAGACCUCAUCCGACACGCAAAAGCCGGAGGGUAGCAAGCGUGUGGCAGCCAAAGUCAGGGUCAAUGAAGGCGACGCAUGUGCUCUUAUGUACAACCAUCGGAGCGAACGGGAUCGUGUCGAUGUCGUCGACUUGGAUCCAUAUGGCACUGCCUCGCCGUUCAUCGACGCUGCCGUGCAAUGCGUGAGUGAUGGAGGCCUGCUAUGUGUCACAUGUACCGACCUCUCCGUCCUCGCCACCGUUAACUACCCUGAGAAAUGCUUCUCCAAUUAUGGCGGGGUGCCUGUGAAAGCAGAGUACUGCCAUGAAGGUGCACUUCGGCUAGUAUUGCAUACCAUUUCCACUUCCGCAGCGCGGUACGGCCGAUAUAUCCAGCCAUUGCUGUCUCUAUCUAUAGACUUCUACGUGCGCGUGUUCGUGCGCGUGUAUUCUUCUGCGAACGAAGUAAAAAAAGCUAUCAGCAAGACGUCCACGUACUACAUCUGCAGUGGCUGCCAAUCUUUUUAUAGCCAGCCCCUUGGUAGGAUGACUGAAAAUGUCCACGAGGCGACCGGCAAUGUCAAUUACCAUUUCAAGGCGCACACAGGCCCGGCAGUGCCUAACAAGUGCCCGGAGUGCAACUCUGCUCUUCAUAUCGCAGGACCCAUGUGGUCAGGCUCGAUACACGAUCCAGUCUUCAUUUCGAAGGUGUUGGAGCAUGUAGAAGGGAACGAGGACAAGUAUGGCACUUCCACAAGAAUGAAAGGGAUGCUGACUGUUGCAAAAGAGGUAGUUGCAUUCGUCGUUAUUUGGUACUCCGAGCUCGAUGUUCCAUUUUACUUCACCCCGGCAAAGAUCGCCGGCAGCUUCCACUGCAUUUGUCCUAAUCUAGACGAAGUGGCGUCGGCAUUGUUGCAUGCAGGCCAUGAGAUCUCUCGGUCUCACGCAUGCGCAGGCUCCUUAAAAACCACAGCUUCUCGUGUAGACAUACACGAUAUCUUCCGCUCCUGGAUCAAGACGCAUCCUGUAAGAAUGGAUAAAGUAUCGCCGACAUCGCCGACAUUCCAACUUCUCAGCAAAGAAGCAAGAACGGAGGCCAAUUUUGAACACCACUCGAAGUCGGUCACAGCAUCUUCCAAGGUGAAGCUCGUGCGUUAUCAGACGAAUCCGACGCCCAACUGGGGCCCCGGCAAAAAGGCUGGCUCGGGUAAGAGGAAGCGCGAGGAGGAGAAUCAAUAA